GCAACCAGCCGGGCCGAGGACUUGCCUCCCCUCCAGUUACUCCGGGAGCUUUCGCAGGGCAGCCUCGCAGCUUGGAUAACUCCUCCCCGAAAACUUCGGCGGUGUCUUUUUUUUUUUUUCUUUCUGCACCCUCGUUUUUCAUCUCUCGCCUAGCCUCCCCCGACCCUCCCACCCCUCGGCGGGACAAAAGGAGGAGGAGAAGCGAGAACAAACUCGAAGUCCCCAAGAAGCCCUAAAAGGGGUCUGGAAGCGGGCGAGUGACGGGCGGAGAAGAAAAAGGCCGGGGACGGGGGGAGAGCUGUCUCUGCCCCUUGGGGACUCCUCCCUCCUCCUCCUCCUCCUCCUCCCGCCUCCUCCUUCGUCCUUCCUCCUCUUCCCUCCUCUUCCUCGCCGUCCUCGUCCAUCGUCGCGUGUCGCUGCAGCGGGCGGGAAGAUCGCGUCUGUCCGGGAAAGGACCGGCUGUGCCCCCGGGGGGAAUUAUGCGGCCAGCGUGGACACUGCUCACCCUGGGCUUGGUGGCGGCCUGCGUGGCCGGACAGUCGAAAGCAGAGGUGACAUCUGAUAAAGACAUGUACCUUGACAACAGCUCCAUUGAAGAAGCAUCAGGAGUUUACCCUAUUGAUGAUGACGAUUAUGCUUCGGCAUCAGGCUCAGGAGCUGAUGAAGAUGGCGAGAGUCCUCAGAUGACGACAUCCCACACGCUUCCAAAGAUCCCAUCCACACCCGUUAGUCCGAAAGUUGAGACGACCACACUGAAAAUACAGACCAAGAUUCCUACUCAGACAGAGUCACCUGAAGAAAUUGACAAGGAAAACAUUCAGGAUUCUGAAUCUGACAAAAAAAUGGAGUCAGCUGAUGACGAUAAAAAUGUUCAUACUGAAAAACACUCAGACAAUCUGUUUAAGAGAACAGAAGUGCUAGCAGCUGUCAUUGCUGGUGGAGUUAUUGGCUUUCUCUUCGCAAUUUUCCUCAUCUUGCUUUUGGUAUAUCGCAUGAGAAAGAAGGAUGAAGGCAGCUACGACCUUGGAGAACGUAAACCAUCCAGUGCUGCUUAUCAAAAGGCACCUACUAAAGAGUUUUAUGCGUAAAACUCCCUCUUAGUGUCUCUAUUUAUGAGAUCACUGAACUCUUAAAAAUAAAGCUUUUGCAUAGAAUAACGAAGAUCUUUGUUUUUUUUUUGUUUUUUUUUUCAUUAAAGAGCCAUUCUGGCACCUUUAUGACAAAAUUCCAUUGUAUUUAAAACUUUUCAUGUAUUCCUUUAGAACAACAUAAAAUUAAAACUUAACGUCUGCAGUGUUCUGUGAAUAGCAGUGACAAAAUAUUAUUUUAUACAGACCCUUGAUGUUCACGGAAUCAUUUUAAACCUUUAUGCGUAUAUAUGAAAUAAUAGAAAUGAUUGUUUUAUCCUAUGGUUCGAUAAUGAAAGUUGUUUAAUUUUUGUCAGCAUGUCUCAGAUUGAUCUUACAAGUUAGUCUUAUUUCAUUAAUUUAUGUCGUUCCCGCCCCUCCUCCCCCCAGGAAAAAAAUGCCUUUUGUAGCUGUCAUGGUGCAAUUCGUCCUCAAAUAAUUCAGAUAACAGUAAUUUAGUGUAAAUGUGAUUUUUCAGCUCUGUAAACUUUAACCUCCACUUUGUAUAAAUUUUUGAGUGUCCGAAUAUCCAUUUUACACUUGCUUUGUUUCUCAGUGUACCUGUAGCUGCAGAUUUAUUUGCAACAGCAAAUUACAGAAGUGUGUAAAAUUGGAAUGUUACCACAAAGCUGUAUAGUCGUAUAUUUACUACUCAAGUCUUCUUUCAGAAAGAUUUGAUGUAAGUUACUGACAAGCUUAAGCAAACCCAAAGACUCUAACAGUAUUCAGAGAAGUUGCUGCAGAUUCCUAUGGCCACUGUAUUUGUUAAUUAUUUCUUGCAGUUUGAAGGUACGAAUAGGGGUUUAAAGAAAAAUUCGAGUUUUGUUCUUUAAAAUGCAUUUCAGUUGUAAACGUCUUUUUAAGCCUUUGAAGUGCCUAUGAUUCUAUGUAUCUCGUCGCAGACCGGUGUUAAUGAGUAUAUAUAACAGUAAAAAAAAGUUGGUAUUUUAUAAGCACAGACAAUUCUAAUGGUAACUUUUGUAGUCUUACAUGGAUAGAUAUAAAUUGUAAUUUGGGAACAUAAACACUACUGAAUAAAUCAUGUGGCCUAAUAUUGAAAGUAUUGUGAUCAAUUUUGUACAUUUUUGAGCAAAUGUACACUUUGCAUAUGCUGACUUGGUUUUAUGCUGAAGAUCAGAGUUAGAUUCCAGAAGGCGCUGAGCCUAAUUCUGUCAUCAUUUAAGUUCAUUCCUUGGCAGUUGUUGGAAGACAGCUAACCUAUUUUCAGGCCUCAGUGGCACUCUUUAGGUUAUGCGCCUACACUAAACAUGCCUAAGGGGUCUGAAUGAGUUAAAGCUCCCUGGUAGGCAUGUCUAAUCCAUCACCAAGGAUAAUAUCUAGACAGUGACCACACUGGGCUCGGUAUUUGCAUAUCAACACCAAAGAAGCCAUUGAUGAGGCUGUUGAGAGCUUUCAUCUCAGAAAAGACAGGGGAAGGCUUGAACGGGCAUCAUUUGGGCAAACUCAGGUGCCAAGUGCCAGGCUCGCUUGCCACCUUGAAGAAGAGCUUAUGCCAAUUUGGAAAUUGAUACACGCCUUUCUGCCGGUCACUCUAUCGGAACGGUUAAAAACUCCUAGGGUGGAAAAAUUGGUUUUCAAGAACUAGCCAGCUAUGGUUUCAAUUUAUUUGAAAAGCUAGAUUGAAAUCACCUGAGAAUGGUGUCCAAAGAACUGCAAAGGUGAAAGUGGAACUUUUGGACUGUGUCUAGGUGAGCAAAGUUCAAAUAACUGUUUAAUGUUGUGGGAGGAAGUGGGGUUGCAUGCACCUUUGUUGUACAUUUUCCAACAGUCUCCCCUUCAGUUUGCCUUCCUGACACCUCGAUCCAAAUAGUAUUCCCGUGAUACAUCUUGAAAAUUGACACACCUUCUUAGUGAAGGAUAGCCCUCUUUUUUCUCUGCUUCUGCUGUUCCCUCCUUUUUCCCAAGAACUACCACAAAGAUACACUGAACAACCAAAGCAAACAUCAGCGUGUUUACUUAGAUAAGACCUAACCUUGAAAAUUCUCAUCCAACCCUCUUAGAAAAUUACUGUUUUGAAAUCAUGAAAUGCAAGGAUUUUUUUCAGGUUGCACAAUGGCCACCGAUUACAAAGAAGUUAAUACAGUAAGAAUACCUCUACAAUGUUCAAGGGAUAGUGAAAUUCAGUUCACAGAAUAGCAACUGCUCGGAAUUGCUGUGCCAGGAAAAGACAUUUUCUGGCAAAUGUGUUGUCACUGCUGUAAAGCAAAAUAUUUGUUAAAGUGCCAAAAUAAAGUCUGUCAUGCCUAAAGUAA